UGUUAGCAUACGGUAUUUGUUUUUCUCUUUCUGACCUACUUCACUCUGUAUGACAGACUCUAGGUCCAUUUCUGUGCAGCUCUUUACACUUAGGGAGCAUUUAUUAGAUAUUAUCUGAUUGAGUUUUACAAAUAAAAAACCUACCUUAUGAAAUCACAGUUACUUUGAAAAUAUAAUUUUGCAAAGAGCAUAAAUUAGCUUGAAAACAGACAGGACCAUAAGGGACAGGCAAGUCUGGGAUGGUGAAAGCAGAAGUUUGUACUCUCUAGAGAGGAAAGAACUAGCUAAAGGAGAGGGAAGGAGGAGCCAGAGCAGAAAGGAGCGCUCAUUACUCUGAAAGCUGCCUCGCGGUCACCAGCUCAUACGCCUCACAGCCAAAGCAGAACCAGAAAAUUACCCCCACAAUCCUUGCCACUUUACACAGGUGGGCCUUAUAUAUUCUAUCUCCUCCAGUCAGAAUAUCUUCACUCAUCCCACCCUUCAAAAAGAAACUAUACUUUUCUUCAAGACUGUUCUCAGAUGUGACCUUGCCGCGGAAGCCCUCACUGGCCCCUCCGUCUGUUGUGCCUACUGCCCACAAAUGCUUUCCCCUUCACAACCUAAGCCCUCUCAACAUAUCUAUGCAUAUUUGUAACUGUUCAUAAGUCUGCUUCUCCCAAUACACCAUGACCUAUCUGAAGGUAAAAACAAAAUGUUAUAUACUAGAUGCCUGGUACAUAGGGAGAGCUUAACAAUUAAGUGCUAAAAGAAUGAAGACUGCAGCAGUCUGCAGCAGUAAAUCAGCAGUCGCAUUCUGUUACCACAAUUGUUAUGUUGGGAGAGGAAGAAAGGGGAAAAAAGGCAAAUGCUCUCUCAGAAGCAAAAAAAAAAAAAAAAAAAAUCACAAGAAAAAACUGAAGAGCUGGGAAAUAAAAACUAAGAUUCCCUAAGCCCAACAGAGCUCAAAGGAAAGCAGAAGAGCUAAUAGGAAGUAGAAGGAAGGCAGCAGAUAGGCCCAGAAGCUGAGGCCAAUCCUGUUCCUAAGGGGGGCAGGGGAGGGGAGAAGAAGCCUGGAGAAAUGGUUUCCCAGCCCCAAGGCAACGAAACUGAAGACUCAGAAUGGUGUCCUUACAUAGAAAUGCUGAAGAAUGUGCUAAGAUUUGGGGGGAGGUGGAAUUGCCAGGGCAGGUAGCACUGUAGAUGUUCUCUCCCCUCAUGUUUACUACCCAAGACUUAAAAUAAGGUCUCUUCAGAAGGCCUGAAAGCUGACGAAAAUCCUGGGGAUAAUGAGAGGGGAAGAUGUGCUUUAUGAAGUGUGACUUUUGAAGAGGCCUUUCAGAUUGGAGGUGGUGGGGUUGGGAUGGGGUAGGGAGGCAAUGCUUUCACCUUAGAAAGCACUUUUCAUUCCAAAAUGCAGAGGACUCGACCAGAAACAAGGUGUUCAGAGUAAUCUCUGUCCUCUAGGGCAGGGAGAGGAGUAAAGCUGGCACCCAAUCUGCUAAACCAGUUGAGGGAACAAACUAGAAGGUGGGCAGAAAUCCUAUUCAGGGUAAAAGAGUUUGUAUCUGGCUGGUACCCUCCACUGUCUCUCUCAGGAACUGCAUGUGAUACAAGAGUCAAGACUCACAGAGGCCAGGUGUGCAGGAUUACUGAGUGAAGCUGGCCUGUGUGACAGAAAAGAGGGAGGAAAAGAGGAGAGGACACAUCCUGUCCCCCCACAGACUGCUACUCACAACCACUACUCAGCUUCAGAUGAUUAUUUCUAGCAGGAAUAUGGACUCUUGGUUGCCAGAUCUUUCCAUGUUUAUGAGAGGCAGAAAUCCAGAUUUACUAUACAAUCUCUCAAUAUUGAAAGGUAGACAGACGAUAGUCUACCUUUGUGCCUACAUUGUGCAGGCCAAACAAUACAUUUCUGAAGCCUGAAUCUGAGUCAUGGGUCAUUAAUUUGUAACUCUGGUUGAUUUAGAAGGAGAAGUAGAUACUCAAGGAGCCCUCGAUGGUUCAGAGGGUGGAAUUCACUCAAUACGAUCCAAGCUUCGCCUUCAUCCCAUUGUUACCUAGCCUUGAACGUGACUCUGAUUCCUUCAUGGUCCUGUCUACACCGAAUCUAUUCUUCAUUGACAUCUUCUAGAAAAAAGAACAUCUAAACUUCUUAGAGUAGAGAAUCAACCUGUUCACUCUAUAGGGCAUUAAGUUAAGGGCUGUUAUUCGUUGUCAGUCUGAAAUAAAAGCAGACAAACAUUAACAUUUGGUGUAUUCAGUUGGUGCCUGGAGAAGAAAGACAUAUUUUCUGAGAUCCCAUUAAAAAGUAUAAAGAUUUGCCCAUGGGCUACUUCAGAGAAAUAAAAAUCAAGCCGAAGUACACUUUCCUAAAAAAGAUUGUUUAUAAAGUUUUGUUUCAGAGGCAGUUACCAGAGUGGCCCUGGUUUAGAUUUCCACCUAGAGAUAAAUUGACACAAAACAUUGCUGGGGGCUACAUGUUGGUUGGCAGUCCACAGGGUGGGUGAAGAGGGGAGAGGCGUCCAGAGCAGUUAGAGAGAUCCUAGUAAGUGACGCAGAGCCAGAGGUGAAAAACAAAGUCCACAGAUCAUAUGUGGGUUUAAAUUGAUGUUCUUAGCUCCAACAGGUUUUUAAAAAAUAAUCUUCAUAAGCCUCAGAAGAUUGCAGCUGAAAUGGUUUAAAAUCCAUUUCAACUCAUUUUCCAUUCAUAUAAUAUGAGAAGAGGGAGUCAGUUUCACUGGUUCACUGGAGAAAUAGUCUAAGGGUUUCCCUAGUAGGGAAAGAAGUUGAUUUCAGCUCAGUCACAUAUCUCAAGCUUCAAGGGCUGUGUCUGGACUGAGAAGGAUUUGCCGCCCCCAAGUCCUAUCAAACAGGGAGUGUAAAUAUAUUUCAGGGCUGCCUCAGGUACUGGAGUUGCUGUAGAACUUAGACUCUAAACAACUAUAAGACCAGCUGCCUCUGGACCCCUUGCUGGUGAUUUCAGCCUUCCAGAUUAGAACUGUAUCACUAGCACAUUUAAAAGUAAAUCCUUCAAGGGGAGAAGAUUAUGAAUCAGUGAGGACUGACUGGCAUUUGCCAUUGUGAGUGUGUGUGUUUGCGCGUGUGUGGGAGGGGGGCGGGGGGAGACAGAGAGCGAGCAUGUUCUCAUUAGGGGACGAUCUACGAUUUGACAGGCUCUCUGCUGCUGCUUCUGCUGCUGCUUCUGCUGCGGCUGUAUGGUCUGUCAUCAGUUGGAAAGGCUGCAAGGGUUUAGAAGAACCGCAGUUCUGAAGACAGAGCACUGCUAAGUAGUCUCCCUGUCAAACAAAGUAGACGAGGUUUUCUGCAGCGUUGGAAACUCACGCUUAAUACUGCCUCAUCUACCUGGAAAAAGCAGGCAACGCUACAGAGGAAAAGGGGGAGAGAACCACUGUGAUAAAGGCAGGGCGCUGGCAAGAAGAUGUGUUGAGAAGUGUUUCAGAGAAACCUCAAGCCACUAAAGAUGGAAAACGAGACAGUAAGUGAACUGAACCAAACCCAGCUUCAGCCUCGAGCCAUGGUGGCCCUAGAAUACCAAGUGGUCACCAUCUUACUUGUGCUCAUUAUUUGUGGUCUGGGCAUCGUGGGCAACAUCAUGGUAGUCCUGGUGGUCAUGAGAACCAAGCACAUGAGGACGCCCACAAACUGCUACCUGGUGAGUCUAGCAGUAGCUGAUCUCAUGGUCCUGGUGGCUGCAGGCCUCCCCAACAUAACGGACAGUAUCUAUGGUUCCUGGGUUUAUGGCUACGUUGGAUGCCUCUGCAUCACUUACCUCCAGUACUUGGGCAUUAAUGCAUCCUCUUGUUCAAUCACAGCAUUUACCAUUGAGAGGUACAUAGCAAUCUGUCACCCCAUCAAAGCCCAGUUUCUCUGCACAUUUUCCAGAGCCAAAAAGAUCAUCAUCUUUGUCUGGGCUUUCACAUCCAUUUACUGUAUGCUGUGGUUCUUCUUGCUGGAUCUCAAUAUUAGCACCUAUAAAGAUGCUAUUGUGGUGUCCUGUGGCUACAAGAUCUCCAGGAAUUACUACUCACCUAUUUACCUAAUGGACUUUGGUGUCUUUUAUGUUGUUCCAAUGAUCCUGGCCACUGUCCUCUAUGGAUUCAUAGCUAGGAUCCUCUUCUUAAAUCCCAUUCCUUCAGAUCCUAAAGAAAACUCUAAGACAUGGAAAAAUGACUCAACCCAUCAGACCAAGAAUUUGAAUUCAAAGACCUCUAGUAGAUAUUUCAACAGCACAGUAUCUUCAAGGAAGCAGGUCACCAAGAUGCUGGCAGUGGUUGUCAUUCUGUUUGCCCUUUUAUGGAUGCCCUACAGAACUCUUGUGGUUGUCAACUCAUUUCUCUCCAGCCCUUUCCAAGAAAAUUGGUUCUUGCUCUUUUGCAGAAUUUGCAUUUAUCUCAACAGUGCCAUCAACCCAGUGAUUUACAAUCUCAUGUCCCAGAAAUUCCGUGCAGCCUUCAGAAAGCUCUGCAACUGUAAGCAGAAGCCGGUGGAGAAGCCAGCUAACUACAGUGUGGCCCUCAAUUACAGCGUCAUCAAGGAGUCAGAUCAUUUCAGCACAGAGCUGGAUGACAUCACUGUCACUGACACUUACUUGUCUGCCACGAAAGUGUCUUUUGAUGACACCUGCUUGGCUUCUGAAAUAACCAUUAGCCAAAGCUGAUUCAUGAAGUAGAAGGAAAUGGAUGAUAAAGAAAAUGAGAAUCUGUGCAGUUAUCAACCCAAGAGAGGAAACAGCCAAUCCUGGUAUGUGACAACAGAGCAGAUAAAGUCCUCACCAGUGCUCUAACCUGCUGCCCCAAGACACUUUAACCCGUUAGAAUGAUUCACAGCUUCCUUCUCGUAUCAAGAAAAUGUAUAUCAUAGAAAAACUGAGCAGAUCGGUGAAAGACCCAAAUGGUGGAAAUUUUCCAUUUAAUUUGAGACUUUAUUUUCUGGGGCUGUGAAGUUUAGAUAAAAUCUAGACAUCAGUUUACCUUAUUCAAAAUAACUUUAUCAAAUGUAUUUUCUCACCCCUCCCAAAUUAUUUAUACAUGCAGUAAUUUGGCAACAUGAAAAUUUUUAAUGUUUUCAUUUAGCAUUUCAUUUUAAUAAAGUACAGUGCUAUUUUCAUGAAUAUUUGAAACUACGGGGGAAAAUAGAAAAAAAAUUUGAGGAGUAAAAAUGAGAUUUCAGACAAAUAUAUUCACCAUAUGAAAAAAAAGUCAUAAUGCUUAUAAAAUUCUGAGUUGAUUUUUAUAUCUUACAAAGUGUAGAUGGUGAGUCACCAUUCAACUUUAAUGUAAAUAGCCAAACCCCAAAAUAGCCAAAAUUACUCACUGAGAAGACAUGUACAUUUGAUAUUUAGAUAAAUCCAGCUCUGUACUCUGCAAGGCGUCUAAAUGAUGGGUGAGACAGGAGAAAUAUCAAGAUUGAAUAACUGUGAAGAUACAUACUAACAUAUAAUUAAUAUUGAAAAGUAGCCAAGACAAGACCAAGUAUUCAAAAUAAGGUUUUACUUCUUCCUCUGAGACUUUUAAGGAAGAAAAUCCUAUUUGAGCAUUUGAGAAGAAAAUCCUAUAAACUACUGAGCCAUGUCAAGCAAAUCCUUCUAGCUGAAUCUAGCUAAAAGUCUGAAACAUUCUCAAAAGCUUACUUGCUAUUCUAAGUCAGCCAAAGGCUAACUAUUACACUUCCAGCUGAAGACUCCCCACUGAGCAUUGUAGCCUAUGGAUUUCAACUUGUCUGCAAGUGUCUUUCCUUCCUGCCUGCUUGUCGUUUGUAGGUUCUCUCUCUUUUUUUUUUUUUCCAAAUGCUUGUGACAUUUUGUUUACAGAUUCUAAAUCAAAGCAAUGCAAAAUUUCGUUGGCUUUAUUUCCAAUAGAGCUAAAACUAAUUUCAUCUCAUUAUUAAUAUCUCUUUAUAGUUAUGACUAAGGCCUGCUCUUCUAUUCCAGUGAUUAUUAGAGAGUUGUGAAUGUGAAUCUGUCAGGUCCUACUUUAAUCCCUUUCAAUCGACUCACCUGCUAAGAUUUGGCCAAGUGUAAAAAUCGUCCUUGGUGUCGGUUCAGUAAUAACUGACUUUUUUUUUUUUAACAUCUUUAUUGGGGGUAUAAUUGCUUUACCAUGGUGUGUU